GCAAGUGACCAUGACGUAACAACACUACGCAAUUCUCGCGACCUAAAAUGGCGACCCUCGACCAGCAUCACUAGUUUUGUGUUUAUCCUCCGUUUUGCAAAUGACUGAUCGUAUUCAAUCUUUACUGUUGGACAGAGUCAAGGUUGAGUCAUGACCGAGCAGAGCAACGGUAACACCGGUGUGGAGGGCGUCGUGGAUCUCGAUGAGCCCAAGAAGAUGACCCGAGAGGACUGGAGGAAGAAGAAGGAACUCGAGGAACAGCGAAAGCUGGGAAAUGCUCCCGCUGAAGUGGACGAGGAGGGCAAGGAUAUAAACCCGCACAUCCCACAGUAUAUUUCCUCUGUACCGUGGUAUAUUGACCCAUCCAAAAGGCCUACACUUAAACAUCAAAGGCCACAGAGGGAACUUCAGGAGAAUUAUUCUGCCAUUGGAGAGUGGUAUAAAAGAGGAGUGCAAGAGAACAGCGUUUCGACAAAAUUUCGCAAAGGUGCAUGUGAAAACUGUGGCGCAAUGACACACAAGAAGAAAGACUGCUUGGAGCGACCCAGAAAAGUUGGGGCAAAAUUCACAGGCACAGCCAUUGCUCCAGAUGAACAUUCUCAGGUCCAACUCAAACUGGAUUAUGACGGGAAGAGAGAUCGCUGGAAUGGCUACGACCCCGAGGAACACCAGCGAAUAGUGGAGGAGUAUGCCAAAGUGGAUCUGGCUAAAAGGACACUGAAGGCUCACAAACUUCAGGAUGAGUUGGCCUCAGGGAAGCUGGACCAGUCGGUGAGCUUUCUUGAUCCUCUGGCUAAUCAGCUUGUCGUUUUGUCCCCAAACUUACUACGGAAAGCAGAUCUUAUAUGUGGUAUCUUUUCUUUGCAGGAGCGGGAACAUGACAGCGAAGAUGAGGAUGAAGAUAAAUACGCAGACGAUAUUGACAUGCCCGGUCAGAACUUCGACUCCAAGAGACGAAUCACUGUCAGGAAUUUGCGUAUCAGAGAAGACACAGCUAAGUACUUGAGGAAUCUCGAUCCAAACUCUGCUUACUACGAUCCAAAGACACGAGCAAUGAGAGAGAACCCGUACUCCAGUACCGGCAUGAACCCAGAUGAAGUGGGAUAUGCUGGAGACAACUUUGCCCGUUAUAGUGGUGACACCAUCACCAUGGCUCAAACACAAAUGUUUGCUUGGGAAGCCUAUGAGAGGGGCUCUGAAGUGCAUCUGCAGGCUGACCCGACCAAGCUCGAGCUGCUUCAUCGAUCAUUCAAGGUCAAGAAAGAAGACUUCAAAGAGCAACAGAGGGAGAGCAUUCUGGAAAAGUAUGGAGGCCAGGAGCACUUGGACGCACCCCCGCGGGAGUUGCUGUUGGCUCAGACGGAGGACUACGUUGAGUAUUCUCGUCAUGGCGCAGUAUUGAAAGGUCUCGAGAAAGCUGUUGCACGCUCCAAGUAUGAAGAAGACGUACUCAUCAACAACCACACUUGUAUCUGGGGCUCCUACUGGAAGGACGGUUUCUGGGGAUACAAAUGUUGCCACUCCAUGGUCAAACAAAGUUACUGCACAGGAGAGACCGGCAUUGGAAUUAGCAACACUGAGUGUGUUCCAUUUGAAGAGGGUGUGAAGAAGCUGCAAGAGGAGGACGAUCACCCCAAGACUUUGCUGCAGAUGCACCAAGAAAAGAUGAAAGAGAAGAAGAAAAAGAAGAGGAAAAGGAACAAGAAGCAUGUCAGUAGUGAUAGCAAGAAGCAUGUCAGUAGUGAUAGCAGUGAAUCAGAGGAUGAAGAGAAAAAGAAAGAGAAGCUGAAAAAGGCACUGGAAGCAGAAGACAAGCGAGUGAAGCAUGUGGAAGCAAUGAUGCAGCUGGAUGAGAGAAAGAGGCCGUACCACAGCCUGCAGGAAGUGAAGGCCCCCACUGAGGAGGAGAUAGAGGCCUUCCGCAUGAAACGCUGCCGGCCCGAUGAUCCCAUGGCUUCCUUUCUUGGACAAUGAUCUCCCCCUGGUUCCCGUUGCCCCAUCAAAAAGGACUCUCGCAGGACUCUCAAGUCAAGGACUUUCCCAGAGCUGUUGCUCGGUGAAACAAUGUCGUACACACAAUAUACUCAAGUUCCGCCUCACAAACGACAGCGAGUCCUCACAAAUGACUGCAAGUUUGCCAUUUAUGAUUGGGCAUUUGUGGUUUAUGGAAGACAAAUUGACAGUUUCAUCCGUUUUGAACACAUGCAGUCAUACAAAAACGCUCCCACAGUUAACAGUUAAAUGCAAUUAUGGAUUCAGGCAUUUUUUUUCCUCAUGAAAUUGCUUUGUGGAUUUUUUUUUUUCAUUUUUUUUGUUAAGACAAAAAAACCAGCCUUCAUCAACAGUGCAAAUAGAUCAGACCACAGUGUAUUUAAAUUCAUAGAACAAUUUUCUCAUUAAAAUCCCCCUUUGUAAGUA